GUAGAAAGCUAGAAGUCAAAGGUGACAAACAUGAGAAAACAUACAUUAGAAAAUUAUUUUAUAAAUAUUAAUAUUUAUUAAGACUAUGGCAUUAUCCAGUGCGAUUAAUUACACUCAGUUAAGAGAAUGGGCUCCAUUAACAGAAUUGUUGACGAAGCUACCGUCGAAAAUUCAAAAUGGUUUAUUUUACCAGGAUGUUAAAAUUACUUGUAUUGAUGUUAUACAUGAAUUUAUUGCCUUAGGCACAAAUAUAGGUACUGUUUAUUGGUUCGAUCGACAUAAAAGAGAAUUACAAAGGCUCAGAUCUGAAGAAAACAUUCCAAUCACGUCAAUAAAAGUGAUAUCUACAGUGGAUUAUAUGGUAGCUUGUGGAAACACUGUAGGAAACGUAAAUAUAUUUCAAAUACCAAAGUCCCAUCCGGAUAAUAUACCAGAAAACUUACGCCCGAAAAACAAACAAAUAGAAAGGUACACAGUAACAGAUUUACACAAAUCGCUCGUAACUGCAUUGGAAUGGUCCAAGAAUGGCAUGAAAUUAUUUUCGGGGGAUAAGAACGGAUGUGUAGUCAUGACGGAAAUAGACUUUUACAUGCACAUUUGUAAAUCCGUUGAAAUAUUAAAUGAAGCCUACGAAGUGGUACAAUUAAGUUACAAUUUGAAACGAUUGCUGGUAUCCACAACUUACAGGAGUAUUAUUUGCCAAAACUUGGAGAAAUGGAAAGUGUCCCAAGUAGGAACAAAAGAUCGAAAAAUACUGGGAAUAUUUGGUGGGGUAAUUUAUCAACACAGCGAAAAACCUUCUGAUACUGUGCUCUACUGCACUCGACCGGGCUUAAGGAUAUGGAUAUCCGAUAUCGAUGGAAAUGUUCAAAAAACUCUUUUAUUUAAGGAUCUUUUAACCAAAGAAUGCUCUGAAGUGCCAUUAAUCAACCCCAUUUCCGCCAAUCUAAAGAGAAUAAAACCCCAAAAAGAAUCCGCUUUCGGCAUUCUCUUGCCAUUCAAUUCACACCUAUUAGUAACUUACAGCAAUGAUGUAGUCUACAUUCUAGAUCCUAAGGAAAUGAGUAUUAUUUCUAAAGUUAGUCACCUUAGAGGAGUUUUGCAUGUAUCUACGUAUAAGGACGAGAUAUUUAUCUUAGAGGAAGACCGUAGCAUUAUCAGGUUAUCUUACAAGCCGGAGGAAGUGGUUUGUGGUAACACAUUCUCGACUGUAAACAACGUUUUCGCUCCGUUAUCAUCAUUCAAAGACCUGACUGUGAAGCUGCAAUCGUCGAAUAUCUUGCCUGCGAUACCGUCGUUGUUGGAAACGAAUCAUAACGGCGAUAUGGAGGUUCACACCGACGAGAAUUUGAUAAUGAACGCCGAAGAAGCGCAGGAAUCGCCCACCAGGGGCGGCCAAGACGUUCAAAGGAAGUUCGAGGAGAUAGGAAAGAAGCAAUUCGAAGACGAUAUACUGUACAAAAAGAGCAGGCGGCGCAAAAAACGAACGUCCCCAGACGCGAACGCCGGCACCGAAAGCAUAAGUUCGGCGAGUUCCGAUGAAAGAGAAGUGAAUUGCAUUAAACCUACCAUAAUGAAUUUGAGCACGGUGGGAGUGUUACCGGACUUGAGAAGUCCCGAAUCGAUUAAAUACGACAUAGAGUACAAGGAGAAAAUCUUAGCGGACGUUUUGAAUUUAGAUAAAGUCAAACUGAGCGAGAGCGAUAGCGAAGUUCGACGUAUCGAAAGCAACUGUGAUUCAUCGCAUAUCGAUAAACUGGAGAUGUGUAGUAAAAUGAGUAAAAUCCUGUCUUCGACGAAACACCUGGGGAACCUAAAUGGAAAAUCCGAUUUCCCGAUGCCGGAAAUACCGCAGCAAUUGAGCAUUUUGAGCAAGAGCACUGACGAUACUCACAAGUCGAAUCCUCCUAAAUUACCGCCAAACAAUCAGAAUGGUGUCAGUAAGAGCAACGUUUCGAAUAAAUUACGAGACGACACUCCAGCUUGUAUGAGCAUUCCGAAUACGUGGGGAUUGACCAACAUUCGUAUUAGAGAGAGGACCAUCAGUGUGAAAUCAGAUGAGUCCCUCGACGAUUGGGAAAUCGUUUAAUUAUUAUUAUUAUUACUCAUUUUUGUUGGAAUAUUUUUUAUUACUGCGCUUUAAACAUUAUUUUAAUUUUUAGAUAAAAGUAUGGUUGGGAUUUACUAGAAAUUUCGAAUAUAAAUUUAUCUUGAAUUGUUGACAUUUUUUUUAGUUUAUUUUAUAGAAGAUAACGUAAAUCUCUACCGCAAACUGUUAUUUUGUAUUUAUUUUAAUAUCCCACAUUUUCUUAUUAUACUGUAUUUUAUAUGUAUCGAAGAGACUAUAAAUUAAAGAAAGUUAUUGCUUCGUUACUUUAAAUUACCUUGUAAUUUUUUAUCCUAAAUUUAAAUAUACAAUGUGGCAAAUAAUUUUGUGUAAGUAUUUUUUAUAUUAAUGAAUCUGUCACACUUAAUGCCUCACCUCUAUACACAAAAGCAAAAAUUCAUCUUGUUUUUUUUCUUUUACUUAUCAGAAGAUUAAAGGUAAUUCCGUACAUAUUUAUACAUAUAUCAAUAUAAAAUUUUUACAAUAAUCAAAACCAAUCAGAAUGUAGUUAAUCAAUUCUGCAAUACAAAAUAAAGAUUCAACGCAAUUUACCAAUUAUCAUUUACCACCGAAACCGCCCAUUAAGUUACCUAAACCGCCCAAACCGCCGGCGGCGCCCGCCUGAAGUUGCCUCAUCAUAUUCUGCAAACCGGCCAUUCCGCCCAUCUGCUGCAACACCCUCGGGUCCAUCAUCUUGGCCAUUUGCUGGUUGAGCUUCGCCAUUUGAUUGUGAUUGACGUUCUUGGCCAUAUCGCCGCCUUUGAACAAGCCUUUGAUGCCGCCCAUUUUCUUCACCACGGCGGCGAAUUUCGUGUAUUGCUGGAUGAGAUCUUUCACUUCUCGUUCCGUAACGCCCGAUCCUUGGGCCACUCUAAUUACCCUGCCGUUUUGCUUCGUAAACAGCUUCGCCCCGUCUCUGUUGUCUAAUUCGUAGUCGUUCAUGCUGUCCAUCAUUGUCAUUAGUCUUUUUAGUCUCGCCAUGGACUCUUGUUCGCUGCCCUUCGACAUGAAAUCUUGACUGA